AUGGUGGGAAUAGAUCCAAUGAUCAGUUGCCACUAUCUUAACAUCAACUCCUCCUAUGUCCCUCAUCGGCAGAAAAGACUUUCCCUCAACCCAGAAAGGUACGAGGCUCUCAAAGACGAAGUAGGCAAGCUUAGCCGCAGUGGUUUCAUAAGGGAAGCCAUCUACCCGAAUUGGAUAUCCAACCCGGCCCUGGUGAAAAAGCCCAGCGGGAAGUGGAGGAUGUGCGUAGACUUCACCAACUUGAAUAAGACAGAAGACUACUGCUACAAAGUCAUGCCCUUUAGAUUGAAAAAUGUCGGAUCCACAUAUCAGAGACUGGUCAACAUGAUGUUUGCCGAACUCAUUAGCAAAACCAUGAAGAUCUACGUGGACGGCAUGCUAGUCAAAAGCCUCCAGUUCUUGGGGUAUAUUGUUAACCAAAGCGGAAUUGAAGUCAAUCCAGUAAAGAUAACAGUCUUGCCAGAAAUGAGGGCCACUGAUAAGAGCUUACCCUUCUUCAAGGUGCUUAAGCAAGGAAAGAGAUUUCAAUGGACGUCUGAGUGCGAAGAAGCCUUCCACGCGUUGAAAAAACACCUUGGAGAGGCGUCCCUUUAUUCAAAACCUCAACCCGAAGAGUCUCUGCUGCUGUCUUUGGCAGUAUCGGACGUGGUGGUCAGCGUUGUCCUAGUCAGAGAAGAAAAUGAACGAUAG